GUUUGUAUAUAAACAGAGAAAGUCUAAUGAUAUACAACAUUCUUCUUCUGUUGCGUUUGGUGAGUUGAUCCCUUGAAAGAGAGUUACCAGGGAAUUACAAUCAGAAUUUCUUCGAUUUUUAUAACUUUAUUUGACGUGAAACAUGAAAUAUUUAGAAAACAUAUUUCGAUUCUUUAUGGUGGUCGCAGCAAUCAUCAUGAUUAAUGCGGAGUUAUAUAGAAUUCCGUUAUACAAAACAUCUGCUCGACAAUCUUCCAAGAAUAUUAGCAUAAAUCAGGGACAGCAUCGUUUCCUUAAACAUUUUCCCGUUAUGACGGUACCUUUGACCCAUCAUCUACAGUACUAUGGUGUUAUUUCGGUUGGAACUCCACCGCAAAAUUUUACAGUGGUUUUUCAUACAGGUUUUGCAGAUUUCUGGUUACCAUCUAAAAAUUGCGACAUUAACAGUCUUGCUUGCCUGGAACAUGAUAAUAAAUAUGAUAGCAACAAGUCCAGCACAUAUAUAAAUCCAGUAAAUGGUAAAACAUUCAUUCAACGAUACAUUACCGGCAAUAUAUUUGGAUAUUUAUCUGCUGAUGUAGUAAAUAUUGCUGGUCUUAAAGUUAAAAACCAAACUUUCGGGGAAGUAAUAAACGAACCGACAACAUAUCUCACUAAGGCAUACGACGGUGUUUUGGGAAUGGGUUAUAGUGAAUUAUCUUUUAUAGGAAUAACUUCCGUUUUCAACAACAUGAACAAACAAAACCUGGUGAAACCUGUUUUUAGUUUCUAUCUAAAUCGAAAUUCUUCAACCACGGUGGGUGGUGAACUCAUAUUAGGUGGCUCCGACCACGCUUAUCAUGACGACGAGUUCACAUAUAUUAAUGUUACCAAUCUAGAAAGUUGGCAAAUUACCAUCGAUAACAUCACAAUAAAUGAUGUUACGUUAUGUUCAAAUGGCUGUCAAGCUAUUAUCGAUACUGGUAUAUCUACGAUAGAUGGACCAUCAUCGAACAUUGCAAUGCUUAACGGACUAAUUGGGUUUAAUCAACUUAAUAAAGAUUUUUUGAAUAUAGAUUGCUCUAAGGUUCCUCAUUUGCCCAAUGUCAAUUUCUUUAUAAGUGGUACGAAAUUUGUUCUUACAGCUAACAAUUAUAUUUAUAAGAUACUAAAAGAAGGUAGAAUGACAUGUAUAAGCUCCUUUGUGAAUGAUCAAGUAACUAGUCAUAUGUGGAUUUUGGGUGAUGCAUUUCUCAGACAAUUCUACACCGAAUUUGACGUGAAAAAUAAGCGAGUGGGAUUUGCUCCUGCAAAAUAAUUAAAUUACUUUCUCAUAAAAUUAAUGUUAGAAAAUUUAAACAUAAUAAAUGAAUAAUUAAGUCCAAUUUUUUUUUAGAGCGUUAAGUCAUAUCUUUUUAUUUGUAGUUAUUUACGCGAUAUGUUGGCAAAUAAAUAUAAUGUAUGUAAUAUUUUAGAAAAUUACAACAAUAGUAUGCAAUGCACAUGUAUGCAUUGUUUUAAUUAACGAUUUGAAACAGGAUGUUUUUUGGUGUACUAUUGCACAAUAUACUUUUGCAAGAUAUUGUGAAUAUCUAUAGUCUAAAGCAAAUCUUAAAAUAGAAUUAAAAUAUUUUUUAAAAUACUAUAUACUAUACUGAUUUUAUUUGUUAAUCUUUCAUUUUAUUUAAGUAUUGUAUGUAAAAGAAGAAGAUAUUGUCUUAUAUUUUAUAAAUAUUAAAUUAUUCAUUUACAAAUAUAUAAUUCCGAAAGAAAUUUUUGCUAAAGUUUCGAUAUUUUGUUAAAUUUUACUAUUAUUUUGGAAAUUUUGACCAGAGAUUCUAUCAAUUGAAUUACGAACAAAUUAUUUUUUAUUUUGAUGUAGAUUUCAAAGUUUAUUGACUUGUAUAAAAUUUUAUUAAAAUUAUAUUAUAUAAAGAAACGGGCAAAUAACAGUCAAACGCGGUUUUUUAUGCGCAAAAAGAAUUAAAUCUAUUUAAAAUUUAAUAUUUCACAAUUCAGAAAUUACAUUGCUUCUACUUACUAAUAACCCAUUUACCAAAUUGUAUUAUGUAAUUAAAGCAUUUUAUUAUUUGUAAAAUGAUUUUAUGAUUUGUUCGAUUUGAUAAACAUAAAAAAUUCAUCAAGGUGUUAUUUCAGUAUACAUAUAACAGUGUUUAUUAAAAAAAAAAUAUGGAUUAUAAAUUAUAUUAUAGAGUUUAGAAAUAAAUUUUUUUAUUGUACAAAAUAAAGUAAAAAUAAGUUUUUUAAAAAAUUCUUGUAAGAAAUAAUUGUGUAUAAGUAUUGACAUAAUUUUUGAAGAGUUUUUGUUAAAUCAAUUCUAUUAAAGUUCUUCUCUUCUGAUAUGUAUAUAUAUUUUUUCGUUCUAUUAAUUUUUUGCUAAUUAUAGUGAAUAUGUGCCAAUAAAAUGUCUGUGAUAUAGGGACAAAUGUACACAAACUGCAUAAUAUAUGCAACGUACAAUCUAUUUAUUAUUUACAACAACGUAGCAAUGUUACGUAAAACCACAUCGCGCUUCGUCUAUAAUGACAGAUCGCUUAUCACACAGUUUUAAAAAAUGCGCGCGGUCGUGCCGCAGCUGCACCAUUUCGGACCAAUUAACGGCUAUCAAACGCGACCGAACGAUUUCGCGCCUUCGGCGAAUACGAUACAAGGUGCGACAUGACGGGAAUCGCUGUAUAUCGCAUAAAUACAAGUCCGUUUUUGCGAAUUGUUAUCUAUUAGACCGCUCGUAUCGAUUAAUAACCUUCUUGGCAAAUAACCUCAGACCGUGUAUACAUAUUUCACAAGUAUAAUUUAGAAGAUAUUUGUAGAGAAGAAAACUUACAAAUUUUUCCUACAACUCACAAAAAUUUAAAACAAAUCACUUAAACAAAAUAUGGAAAACAGAAUUUCUUUUUUUUUACGAUUAUAAGUCCUUCAAAAUAAAGUUUUGUUUGUAUGAAUAAACUUUGCUUUAAGCAAAAAUUUUAGUUGUGUGCGUGUGUGCGCGCGCGCGUAUAAUUAUGAAAAUAUUAAAGUUAGAUAUUUGUAUUUAACACCACAUUAAUAUUUACUAUAUAUUAAACUGAAAACUUUAAUUUAAAAAAUUGCCUGAUUAACAAAUUGAGACCAAUUUUGCCGUAAAAUUUUCAAUGACAUAUUAUAUAAUUUUAGAACACUUAAAUUUGUAUAAAUAUAUACGCACUUAAACAAUAUUCUAUAAUACCGUAAUAAUAAAUAAUAUCUUGAAUAGUAAAAAACUUUUUGCGAAAUUAAAAAAAGUUUAAUUAGAUAAGAGUUAAAAUAAAAAAUUUAUUUGUAAUCGCGAAAUUAUGUACUUCGUUGGAUUUCAACGUAAGUCAUCGUUUUAUUGAUACAACAUAUCAUAGAUUUUCUUUUUUAGCAUAAUUCAUAAUUAUGCGAUAUUCAUAAAUAAUUGAUUUUGCACGUAAAAAGGUUAACAGCUAGUUCCUGGAUUUUCGUUAUAUUUUCAUAUCGCAUGUUCGUAUUCGUCGAUUCGUUCUGUUCGUCGUGCCGGCAAUUUUAAUGGCUUGUUACUAUGUAAAUUUUAUUGACAUGAACGUGGCGGACGCCCAUCACAUAUAGAAAUAUUUACGUGUCUCAUACAUACACACAAAAACGAUCAUACACUCACGUUGCGUGUAAUUGCGCGUAGACGUACGUGUGUAUUAUAUAUAUACAAUACGUGUACGUGUACACGUGUCAUAGCGUAGCACGUUCAACGUGACGCAAAAAACAGAAAUUAAUUAACAUUACAAUCCCAUUGUACCAUCUUGCUCUAUGCUAACGUUUAACAUUAUUUACAAUUCGGUGAACAUCCUCAGGAAUAAACGAGAGAAGAUUGAAUCAUCUUAAAGUAGGCAGAAGCCGUGCCUCUACGCAAGCAAGUUAGGCAUGGUUUUACGUAUUCGAUUUGCCGCGAAUUUUGUUUGAUCCUGAGAUUUUAUAUAACGUUCGUGGGAUGAGAAAAUCAAAGCACGAUCAUCGCGUUCAACUCUAAACGUGCGCCGCAAAGUUGAGCCGCGUAGUUUAGAAUUGAUUCGGGUACUAACUAACUUGUACA